GUCAGCCGUCUUAUACCUAGAACAGUUGCAUUUUGCUGCUGUGGGUGUUUGGAACUGCGUAAAAUUACGGUUUAUAUUGGUGCUUUUUUCUGGACGAAUUACCAAGCCUUUUAGUUUGUGUUGUUGUUGUAAUAUAUACAUAUAAAUAAAAUAAAUAAAUGAUUUUUUUAAUUCGAUGAGCGGGGUUUUACGAUUCCAUGCAGUAAAUAAAGCAUUGGAGAAUCAAAUGUGUUCGAUAGUGAAAGUGUCUUAAUUUUUCAUGAAGAAUUUUUCAUGUGUUUGUAAAAAAAAACAGUGCUCCAAAAGUUUAGCAGAGGCUGAAAUCGAAGGAAUUUGAAAUUGUUUAUUGCGUACUUACGUCACCAACAAUUGCUUAUCUAAUCAAUACGACUGUUCAAUACCAACUAUUUUCGGUUUGGCAAUCACUAAUUGCUCUUGUACAUGUACAGUUGUCGUUGGUUAAAACAGUUGAUACACACACAACGCGCACGUUUGCACUGCUAUGCGUUACACGGAUAGUGACUCUAUUAGCGCACCCUUACUCGACGAUCGCGCAAAUGUUGAAGGCAACGCAGUCAAAACCGAGACUACGGGCAUAUCGAACAACAGCGCUAUGUUGAAACGUAAAAAAUAUUUAAUAAUACUUUUGUGCUUGAGCAUAUUUGGCAGUUUUCUGGGCAUCAUCCAUUUGGUCAGCACUGCGCCGGAGUUUAAUCAAUAUAGAAUAUUACGCGCCUAUCAAAAUCAAAUCGAAGAAGAAGCAACGCGUGCUAACAGUCAAAGACCGCGUACCAUACUCUUUUGGAAUAGUUUUUUCAACAAUAAACGUUGGGGUCUGGAUGAAGAUACAGUGGGACCAGACUAUUUUCGCGAUAAUCUACGUUGUCAUGAGUAUCGUUGUGAUUUGACAAAUAAUCGUGAUUUCCUGCCUGACAUUGAGUUAUUCGAUGCGGUGCUCUUUCAUGCCGCCGAGCCAUAUCCUUUCCUGCAAUCGGUGCCGAGUAAACGUGCUGCACAACAACAUUAUGUUUUCGCGCUAAUGGAACCGCCGGGCGAGACCAAACAUGUGCUCUCCGAUGAGGGUAAUUUCUAUAAUUUGACAAUGAGCUAUCGGCUCGAUUCGGAUAUAGUGUGGCCGUAUCAGGUGAUUGAGGAUAUCGAAACUGGCGAGGCUGUUGCGCCGGCUGUGCAUACUAAAUGGCGUACGGUGCCGGGUGAUUGGAAUGACACAAGCGUCUGGCAGUUGUGGGCGGGUAAAACCCGUAUGGCCGCUUGGUUUGUGUCGCAUUGUGAGACAUUGUCGAAGCGCGAAAAAUUGGCAGCAGCUUUGCAGGAACACAUUGAUGUUGAUAUUUAUGGAAAGUGUGGCAAUUUAAGUUGCCCCUACACUUCAAAUGAAUGCGAUGAACUAUUGGAUACACGUUAUAAAUUUUAUUUUUCCUUUGAGAAUUCUCUAUGCAACGAUUAUGUAACCGAGAAGCUAUACAACGCUAUGAAGCGUAACGUGAUACCUGUCGUCUUUGGUGGCGCCGAUUACAGUCGUUUUGUGCCACCAAACUCUGUGAUAGAUGCUGAAGAUUAUCAGAAUGCCGAGGAGCUUGCUGCAUAUUUACGAUAUUUAGCAACACAUCCGGAGGAGUAUAUGCGUUAUUUUUGGUGGCGUCAAUACUAUCGUCUGAGUUAUCGUUCACCGUACUGUGAUCUCUGUGAGAAGUUGCACAGUGUGCCAUUUAUGCAGAAAAGUCAAACAUAUACGAAUAUUGAGAAAUGGUGGAUGGGUGAUCAGUGUCGUUUUGAGGCUAAAAUUAAGUUUUAGAUUUAAAUAGAGAAAAAGUAAAAAAAAAAAUUAUUUAUUUUAGAUAAAUUUAUAAAUAUUUUUGACAAUUUUAUAUAUAUUCCAUUUUGCGUGCUAACUUAGUGUUACUUAAGUCGUUAUAAGGAGGUAUUAAAGUUGUGUAUUUUAAAAUUUUGUUGCCAGCAUUUAUGCCUUAAAAAAAGAAAAAGAAAAAAUCGAGAACAACUUUCAACGAAAAUUUAGUAUUCCACAAAUACUAGCGAUAAUUUUAAGCCUCAAAUUUUUAAUUAUUUACCAAAGAAGCACUUAUAUAAUUAACUAAAUCGUUGUUUGUAUUUAGUAAAUUUUUUUCACUGUACUUAAAGUUUUUAUUUUCUUUCAAUUUUAAGAUCAAGUAAA